CGAAAACCAAACUCUAGAGGUCCUCGAAUGGCGUGCUCUCUGCAAUCAGCUCGCUCCAUUCGCCUCCACAACCAUGGGACUUUCCGCCACCAAAAACGCCGAAAUUCCGGUGGGAAAUUCGCCGGAAGAGAGCAGGAAUCUCCUUGACGAGACGGCGGCUGCGUUAGCGGCUAUGGAGAUGAUGGAAUCGCAGCGAUUAGGUCUUUCUGAGAUCCAAGACUUGUCUGAUAUCGUUGAGCGUGCUGUGGCCGGUCAAUUGCUUACCGUUAGAGAGCUCUGCUCUGUUCGAAGCACGUUAAUGGCGGCUACAUCAGUGUUUCAGAAACUCCGAAAAGCAGCCAUUAGUGAUAAGAGGGUUACUCCACUUGUAGAUAUAGUUCAGGGUUGUGAUUUCAAGGAUACAUUGCAGCAGAAGAUUGGAUUUUGUAUCGACUGCAACAUGUCUAUGAUUCUUGAUAGAGCUAGUGAAGAUUUGGAGAUUAUAAGAUCUGAACGGAGGAGAAACAUGGAGAAAUUGGAUUCUCUUUUGAAGAAAAUAUCAACUAAGAUUUUUCAGGCUGGGGGGAUUGAUAGGCCCUUGAUGACGCAGCGGAGAUCAAGGAUGUGUGUAGCUAUUAGAGCGACGCACAAAAGUUUACUUCCAGGUGGUGUUGUUUUAAGUGUUAGUAGCUCAAGGGCAACGUGCUAUAUAGAACCGAAAGAGGCAGUGGAGCUUAAUAACAUGGAAGUGAGACAUGCAAACUCUGAGAAAGCUGAGGAAAUGGCAAUUUUGAGCAUUUUGACAUCUGAAGUGUCAACGGCGCAGAAAGAUAUAUUGCAUUUGUUAAAUAGAAUACUGGGACUUGACAUUGCUUUCGCAAGAGCAUCACAUGCAAAAUGGAUGAAUGGUGUCUAUCCCAACGUAACUUCAGAACACACUAAAACAGCGGGUUUGGGUGGAGACCAUAAAUCAUUAUCUGUAGACAUUGAUUCUGCGCAGCACCCGCUACUUCUUGGUUCAGUAUUAGGCAGCCCAAACGAUGGAAUGAUAUUUCCUGUGCCAAUAGACAUUAAAGUUGAAAGCAGAGCCAAAGUAGUCGUCAUCUCGGGUCCAAACACAGGAGGAAAGACCGCUUUAUUAAAGACAUUGGGAUUAAUAUCUCUUAUGUCCAAGUCGGGGAUGUAUUUGCCUGCCAAGAAUUGCCCAAGGUUGCCUUGGUUUGAUCUUAUUCUGGCUGAUAUCGGGGAUCCGCAGUCUUUGGAGCAAAGUCUGUCAACCUUUAGUGGCCACAUCUCACGGAUACGUCAGAUACUUGACAUUGCUUCAGAAAAUUCGCUUGUCCUACUAGACGAAAUUUGUAGUGGAACUGAUCCUUCAGAAGGGGUUGCACUUGCUACUAGUAUCCUACAGUAUAUUAAAAACCGUGUUAAUGUGGCUGUUGUAUCAACGCAUUACAGUGACUUAAGUCGCUUGAAGGAUAAUGAGCCUCAAUUCCAAAAUGCUGCAAUGGAGUUCUCCAUGGAAACUUUGCAGCCUACAUUCCGAGUACUCUGGGGAAGUACUGGUCUAUCAAAUGCAUUGAGAGUAGCUAAGUCCAUUGGUUUCAAUAAAGGAAUAUUAGAGAAUGCACAUAAAUGGACAGAGAAAUUAAAUCCGGAGCAGGAUGUAGAGCGGAAAGGCUCACUCUUUCAGUCCCUUGUGGAAGAAAGAAAUAAGCUAAAGCUUCAGGCAUCUAAGACUGCAGCUUUUCAUAGAGACUUAAUGAACCUUUACCACGAGCUUGAGCAUGAGUCGCAUGAUCUUGAAAAACGUGAGAGGGCUCUUCUGAAGAAAGAAACCCAAAAGGUACAAGAAGAUCUAAACUCUGCUAAGUCAAAGAUGCAGAGACUGGUGGCUGAAUUUGAAAGUCAACUAGAAGUCACUCAAGCUGAUCAAUACAAUUCCUUAAUUCUGAGAACCGAAGAGGCAGUUGCGGAGAUUAUUGAAGCUUGCUGUCCUAAUGAUCUUGUAUCCGUGGAAGAAGAGUAUAGUAACUACUCGCCACAAGCUGGUGAAAAAGUUCUUGUAACUGGACUUGGAGAUAAGUUAGGUACUGUGGUUGAAGAACCUGGAGAUGAUGAGACAGUUCUAGUCCAGCAUGGUAAGAUAAGAGUACGCAUAAAGAAAAAGGACAUAAAGCCCCUUCCUCGUAGCACAAGUAGCCAAACAUCCAAUCGUUCUCUUCGUUCAAAGAGACAGAUAAACAUGAAAGAGCUAGGCAGUGUGUUGCAGAUGCAGAGCGAACCAGUGCGGAUUCAAACGUCAAAAAACACAUUGGAUCUAAGAGGAAUGCGGGCAGAAGAAGCGGUUCACCAGCUAGACAUGGCCAUCUCAGGAAGAGACUCGGGGUCGAUCCUCUUUAUCAUUCAUGGAAUGGGGACAGGCGUUAUAAAAGAGCUGGUGCUUGAGAGGUUAAGAAAGCACACUCGUGUCUCAAGGUAUGAACAGGCAAAUCCUAUGAACCAUGGAUGUACAGUUGCUUACAUUAAAUGAUAUCUCUGUGAAACAAAUUCUUUGUAAAUCUUCUUCGAAAGUGUGGUCCACUAACUAGUUUCAAUAGUGAAUCAACUGUUGAAAUGUAU